UGAUUCCAAUGAAGGCGUAGGCGUGUCCGUAUGUUUCGUUUUGCACGCCCUUAGACUUCUCUAGUUGUAAAGAAGACGGUGAACGCUUUAUCAAAAUUUCUGCUUAGAACCGUGAACAUUCGGUUUCGGCUUCAUUUAAUUUAGCCUAGACUUAGAAACAUUUACCAAAUUGCAAUAUGCUGUCAUCAACCGUUAAAAGUAUCUCGAUAAGUUACGAUUCUAUAAACGAGCAAAACACCUUUUCGAAUGGAGAUACAAUUUCAGGACGAAUGAUUCUGGAGCUUUCAAAGGAAGCCGAGAUAAAUUCCCUGUCAGUUAAAGCGAAAGGAAAGGCCGACGUACAUUGGAGAGAAAAGCACGGAGACAGACAUGUGUCUUAUAACGCAAAAGAAGAAUACUUCAAGCUGGAACAAUUCAUAUACAGAAAAGUAAAGGACGGAGACCAGGAGAGGUUGGUGGAUCAAUGUGGAGAGACAUACGGUAAAGCAAUUCCAGCGGGAAAACACGUGUAUCCAUUCAGUUUUCGGAUUCCUGAUGGAAAUAUGCCAUCAACCUAUAAAGGGAUUCACGGCAAAGUAUUCUACCUGGUCCAGGCUAAACUCGACAGGUCAAUGCGCAUGGAUCAGAAAGACAAGGCUGAGUUCAACUUUCUUUCCAGGAGUGACAUGAACAAUCCUAUAUACAUGAGACCUCAGUCUGGCACAGAGAAUAAGAAGAUGAAGCUGUUCACCAAAGGAAGUACCAACAUGAAAAUUAGUAUAGAUAAAAAGGGUUACAUGCAAGGUGAAGCAAUAACGAUCACGGCGAACAUCGAGAACGACUCAUCACGUGACCUCGUGCCCAAGUUUUCUCUGGACCGAGAGGAGAGCUUCUAUGCCAGAGGCCAUCAGAAACAGUUCAAUAAGAGGAUCCUCAAAGAGGAGGGAGCAGCCAUCCCUUCGCAGUCACACCAGACAAACACAUAUGUGGUCAAAAUCCCACCUGAUGCGAUGGUCUCCAUCACUCACUCUCGUAUUAUCAAAGUCAAGUACCAACUGAAGGUCUAUCUGGAUGUUCCCUAUGCUUCGGACCCAGAGAUCAUAUUUCCACUGAUUAUUUUUCCUGCUAUUAAAGGGUUUAGUCCAAUGGCCAACCCAGAACCAUCCAGUGAUUUUGGGGACACUAACCAAGCUGGAUGGAAUCCACCCCCAUAUGGGCCUGGAGGGUUUCCACCCCCAGCUGUCCCUGGAGGGUAUCCAUCCCCAGCUGGCCCUGGAGGGUAUCCACCCCCAGCUGGCCCUGGAGGGUAUCCACCCCCAGCUGGCCCUGGAGGGUAUCCACCCCCAGCUGGCCCUGGAGGGUUUCCACCCCCAUCUGGGCCUGGAGGGUAUCCACCCCCAUCUGGGCCUGGAGGGUAUCCACCCCCAUCUGGGCCUGGAGGGUAUCCACCCCCAUCUGCCCCUGGAGAGUUACCACCUCCAUAUGCCCCUGGAGGUUAUACACCUGCCAAUGCCCCUGAAGAGUUACCACCUCCGUAUGCCCCCGGAGGGUAUUCGAAUGCCCCAGGUGGCUUUCCACCUCAGUCUGCACCAGGAUCUUUUCCCCCUCCGACUGCUCCUAGCGCACCCCCACCCCAAUUUGGCCCAGUAGACUUUUUGUCCCAGCCUGGUCCUAGUGCACCUCCAUCCCUAACUGGCCCAAUAGAUUUUCUAUCUCAGAAUGCCCCAAGUGCACCUUCAUCUCAGCCUGCAGCUGGGAUUUAUCCAUCUCUGUCUGAUUUUGGAGGAAAAGCAUAAUGACUUUGGGUUACCUUCAGCAAAAUUAAGUGAGACUAGGGGUGCUGACAGACUUCUGAAAUUGCAAAGCAUUUUAUUCAGAUGUGUGUUUGAAACUAGGUUGGCUAUAGCUGAAGCUAUUAUUUUGUGACAGGUCCCAAUAGAUUUGCAAUGUCUUCGAAAAUAUAUAAACGUGCUUAAAAAUGCAAGGAGGGGGAAAUAAGCCUAAAUGAAAACCUUCUGAAAAAUAAAUAAAAAUAAAUAAAUCAUUCUGCAUCAUACUGACUAGUAAGUUACUAAUAUUUUCUGUACAUCUUGUGAUGUACCAUUAGGACCAUCGAGUGGAUUAAUAGAAUGAAAGGUGGGAAACAAUGCUGUGAGUGGUUUUAUAUCUGAAUUUGAACACUUAAUACAAAGGCAUACACAGCAUUGCUCUGUACAGUUUGUACAGCCCCUGUACUGCCUAGACUGCAAACAAAAGGAAUUGAGAAACAACUGAAAGUGUUUAGCAUAAACACCAUGACCACUGUGAAAGAGUGAGAGGUAGAGUGCUAGAAAUAUAAAUAUUGCAUGCUCGCUCGCAAGAAAAGAUUCAUGUAUGUACACGUUGGAGAUUUAAAGGGACUGAACGUUGAAUGUGAAAAUGUCAAAACAAAUGCAUGGGGAAAUCGUGUCAUGCCGUCUGCAGGGUGUCAAACUCUCAAACUACAGUGAAUUUUAUUCUCUGCCAUGAUUCUUUCUGCAUUGUGAAAGCAUAUAAUUAUAUCUAGAAAAUGAGAAAAUUAUGGUGCCUUUUUUAAUGGUAUCACCCUUGUUUGUGUUACAUGUGUGCUCUUGAUUGUAUUGCAUUUACACUAUUUUAAUCGGUAAGGUUUUCUGGGUCAACAUUUUAGUAGAGAAGGAUAAGGAUGUAUGCUUACCUUUGGUCUGUUGCAUUAGUGUUUGGAGGGGAGAGACCUUUUGUUCUAAUGAUGUAUGUAUGAUACCUGGUUUGCACCAUCAGGUUACCACAUUUUAUUGAACAACAUUUCAGAGCUUUUUAAAGUUAGUUUUACACUUGGUUUAUUUCACACUUGAAUUUUUGUCCAUUUAAAAAUUCAUUAUGUCCAUUUAAUAACAUAUGAGCUCUUACAAAACAAGAAUGUCUGUGCUUUUUGGUAUAAGAUUACAAACAUGUGAUUGCAAUGUUCCUAACUGAACAUUCUAAUGCUGAUGUAAUACACUAGUAAUUGAAAGCAAUGAAGUUCUAGAACUGGAAAAUAAAGAAAUGAAAUUCCAAAAAACCAACUGUUUAAAGGGUUAGUAUAAAUGAUGUAUUACUAAUUAUUAAUUUAAUGUACUAUAGUAGAACUAUAGUAACUAAUAAUACCCUUAUUGAAAGCCCUAUCAUUAACUGGAGCUGUGAUGUUUUCCAUUGGUUUGUUUUCUUAAAAGUUGUGAUGUUUUCAUUCUGUUACUUUCUCAUCUAAAUAUUUGUUUUUCUAAAAUAAAGAAUUAUUCAAAAAGCAAA